AAAACAAUUGGAAAACAGAGCAAAGGUGGAAUUUAUUACUGAAGUCUUUCAUGUCCGUAUGAAAAAAGGAACCCAACCAAAUAGAUAAACUAAAAAUAAAAACAAGCCCCAUUCGACUCGUACGAUCACACCUUCCAAUUGACUCCACCACCCUUUUCCCAUCUUCUUUAUCAUCACCAGAUCUAUUCUCUCUUUGUUUCAGAUCUACAAUUCUCUUAUCUGCUGUUCUUCAACUUCUUCUUUAGAUCCACCCACCAAGUGUUUGUGAAAAGUCCUGACUCAAAAUUUUGAUCUGGGCUGGUAUGAACUCGUAGAGGAAUUUGGAUACAUAAUUUUGGUGGAGAGAUGGAAGAGGUUGGUACUCAAUUAGCUCCUCCUUUGUACAUGUACAACUCGAUCGGUGCGGCUGGAAGAUUUCCGGACGCGCAUCCGAUGGCUAAGAAACGCAGCCUGCCGUUUCAAGACACAAACUGUAUGCAACAGCAACACCAGCAGUAUUUUCAACGGUUGAUUCCGAAUUUAGACGAGUUUCGUAACAGUUGGAAUCCAAAAAAUUGGGAUUGGGAUAGUUCAAGGCUCGUCGCUAAACCCUUGGAUAUGAUGGAGAUUUCUCGAGAACACGAAAAACAACAACAUCAGUCUGCUAUUAAUACCGUUAAUCCCGAUGUUUCAAAGAAGACUCCUGUUAGUCAAGCGGAAGAAGAUUCACGACUCUUGUUGAAACUUGGUGGCGGUGGUGGUUUGGUUUCCGGUGAGGAGGCGGUAACGAGGCCUAGUAAGCGGGUCCGAUCUGGAUCGCCAGGUGGCGGCGGUGGGAAUUAUCCUAUGUGUCAAGUUGAUAACUGCAAGGAAGAUCUGUCGGCUGCUAAAGAUUAUCAUCGCCGACACAAGGUUUGUGAGGUUCAUAGUAAAGCUGGAAACGCCUUGGUUGGAAAACAAAUGCAAAGAUUUUGUCAACAGUGCAGCAGGUUUCAUCCUCUCUCUGAGUUUGAUGAGGGAAAACGAAGCUGUAGGCGUAGGCUUGCGGGCCACAACAGGCGAAGGAGAAAAACUCAACCGGAAGAUGUUGCGUCACAUUUAUUACUUUCCGGAAAUGAAAAUAAAAAUAGCAACGGAGAUGUGGACAUUGUUAAUUUACUUACCGUUUUAGCUCGUGCUCAAGGAAACACUGAAGACACAACCAGGAGUUCAUCACCGUUACCAAACAAAGACCAACUAAUGCAAAUAAUUAACAAAAUAAACUCUCUGCCAAUCCCACCGGUUCCCGGAAACGUAACUAAUGUCGACAAAGAUAAACCGUCUUCCGAGAGUCAAAAAGUCAACAGGAAAACCGGUUCAUCAACCAUGGACUUUCUCGGUGUUCUUUCCGGCACCGAAUCAUUAUCCCAAAAAGGAAACCACAGGGUCGAGACUGAUAAACCUAUGGCUCUGAAACCAGUGGCUGAGGUUCUUUCCGGUGGGGAACGAAGUAGUACGAGUUUUCAGUCUCGCGGUGAAGAUUCCGAUUGUCAAGUUCUCGACACACCGGUUAACUUACAGUUACAGUUAUUCAGUUCUUCGCCUGAAAACGAUAGCCCGCCAAAACUGGCAUCGAGCCGGAAAUAUUUCUCAUCCGAUAGUAGUAAUCCAACUGAAGAACACUCACCGUCAUGUUCGCCGCCUAUCGUGCAGAGGUUUUUCCCACCAAAAUCUUCAAGGGGAAGAUUGAAGCCUGAGAGUCUGUCGACUAGCGGUGAGGUUAUCGCAAAUGUUAAAGCUAGCGGCGGUGGUCAUGGUGGCGGCACCACCAUGUCUCUUGAGCUUUUUGGGCCGAAUGGCGGCACUGAUAAUAUUUCCAUUCAGAGUUCACCAUACCGCGCUGGAUAUACGUCUUCAUCUGGAUCCGAUCAGUCACCUUCCAGUUUGAAUUCUGAUCCUCAGGAUCGCACUGGACGUAUAUUGUUUAAACUGUUUGACAAGGAUCCAAGUCAUUUGCCUGGUUCGCUACGCACACAGGUCUAUAAUUGGCUUUCUCAGAGUCCGUCUGAAAUGGAAGGAUACAUAAGACCGGGUUGUGUCGUUCUUACGAUUUACUUAUCGAUGCCAUCGUCGUCUUGGGAUCAACUUGAAGGAGACUUUGUUCGGUAUAUCAGUUCUCUUUUGCGAGAUUCUGGUGACGAUUUCUGGGGAACCGGAAGGUUCUUAGCGCAUACUGAGAAGCAAAUAGCAUCACAUAAAGAUGGGAAGGUCUACUUGUUUAAAUCUUUGAAAGCAUGGAGUUCGCCUCAGUUGAUAUCCGUCUCUCCGUUGGCCGUUGUGGCUGGAAAGGAGACUUCUCUUAUCCUUAGAGGCCGAAAUCUAAGGACACCUGGCACCAAAAUCUAUUGCACACAUGCUGAUGGAUGUACGCUGGAGGAAGCAACAAAAUCAGCCGAUCUAGAAUCUACAUACGAGGAAAUAAGCACGCGCAGCUUUAAAGUCUCUGCACCUAGCACACUUGGUCGAUGUUUCAUUGAGAUAGAGAACGGUUUAAGAGGUACCAGCUUUCCUAUUAUAAUAGCCGAUGCUACUCUUUGCCAAGAGUUGAGGCAUCUCGAAGCUGAAUUUACGGACAGUCAAACAAAGUCAAUGAAAGAAAGCUUGCACUUCUUGAACGAGCUCGGAUGGCUAUUCCAGAAAAAAGAAGGAAGUUCCCCGUAUAGCCUCACUCGAUUCAAAUUCCUGCUUGUAUUCUCAGUCGAACGAGAUUUUGUCGCUUUGGUGAAAACCCUUUUGGGAAUUCUACUUCAUAAAAGCUCGGGUGUUACAGCCGAUGAGUCAUCACUGGAGAUGCUAUCCGGGAUUAAUCUCUUAAAUCGGGCUGUUAAAAGAAGGUGCAAGAAUAUGGUUGAUUUGCUCAUACAUUAUUCGAUGCUUGAUUCGCAAACUACUUCUAGAAAGUACGUUUUUCCGCCAAACCUUGCGGGGCCCGGCGGCAUCACACCGUUGCAUUUGGCAGCUUGCACAUCGGAUUCAGACGAUCUGGUUGAUGUCUUGACAAAUGAUCCACAACAGAUCGGGUUGCUGAGCUGGAACUCUUCGUUAGACGCAAACGGGCUGUCACCAUUUGCAUAUGCAUCAAUGAGGAACAACAACUCAUACAACACACUAGUGGCGAGUAAGCUCACCGACAGAAUCGCCAAUCAAAUAUCAGUACGGAUACCAAACGAAAUCGAACUCCAAACAAGAACCCACGACCACCAAGAGCUUAGCUUCAGAAUAAGAGACCACCCAGAACCCAAAACUUGUUCGAGAUGUGCGCACGUGGCCGCCAACUUCCCUAAACGGGUCCCGGGUUCACAAGGGUUACUUCAUCGUCCUUACAUACACUCGAUGCUUGCGAUAGCUGCGGUGUGUGUAUGUGUGUGUCUUUUCCUUCGUGGUGCUCCGGACAUCGGUCUGGUUGCUCCGUUUAAGUGGGAGAAUUUGAACUUUGGUUCAAUGUAGAGGAAGUAAGUUUCGAAAAUGCACCAGAAACGAUAAGUAGGUUUAUUUUAGGUCAUAAUUUAACUUUUGGGAAGGUGAAUAAGCGAAAACGGGUUCAUUAAUCGGUUUAACAUCGGGUUAGAUGCAAUACAGUUCCUUCCCCUGCCCCUAGAUCAAGGUUUAAGCUGCUGUUCUAACUCGAACGGUGGCUUGAAGCGGAAACUGGGCGGCAGGUGGGUGGUGGUGGUUUUUGUCUGGUUGAUGUUACUGAUCGUGGCUGACUUGUUACCGGUAGCGGUUCUUUUUCUUUCUUUUUUUUUUUUUUACUUUAUCUUAUAUAUGCAAGUUUAUAAUAGGAAAUAGCAUGUUUUGUUUUCUGUAUAUUGUUUUUGUCUUGACAAAUGGAAAGGAUGGUAUCUGUAACUCUGUCGUUUUCUUUCUUAAUGAACUCGUUUUUAUUGUCG